CUAGUUUUUACGUCAAAUAAAACUACGCUGGCCGUUCUGCGGUUUUAUAUUCGAUCAGUUUGUAAACGGGAUUAAUUUUUUUCUUUUAUUAAUACAUAUUUGUUUUUUUUUUCUUCUUCUAAAGAUCGAUGUUAAAGAAUGUUAAAGAAUGUUUUUGAAAUUUGAGUUGUUCCAAAAGAAAUUUGUCUAAAAUCUAAUUAACGCGAAUAUAUCCUUGUAAAGUGAUCGUGGGAAACUUGAAAAUGUUCCCACGUUACUAUUGCAUCGGUGUGCGUAGUAUUAAUGUGUAAAAUUCUUUAAUGUAAAAAUGAAUGGACACGGGCAAGAACAUGGUCAUGCUGUUGUUGUUUGGGAAUGGGAAAAUCGUCAUGGACGAUGGAGACCAUACAGUCCAGCAGUAUCUCAACACCUUGAAAGAGCACAUUGUAAAAAAUUAACAAGAGUUUUUCUUAAUGAUGCUGAUCCCAAUUUGGAAAGGUAUUAUAUCAAUUUAAAGACCAAGAUGCAAUGCAGUGAUGAUGGAGAUGAUGCACAUAACGUUAGAAGAAAAUUUUAUCAUCCAGUUUCACCAGCUGGGAAAGGUGCUAAAUGGGAAUGGGUUGGUGAUACAGAUGAUUGGCAUACUUAUGAUAUGGAAGUACAAUGUCUUAUCGAAGAAGCCUGGGCACGGGGAGAUAAAACCAUCGAUGUUUCUAAAACUUAUUUAGGUUUUCCAUAUAUUAUCAAUUUCUGUAAUCUUACUCAAGUUCGUUGUUGUACUGGCUAUGUAAGACCGAUACGUCGUGUUCAACAAGCACCAUAUCCAUUGGUCAAAGUAGCACUCGAAGAAUUACAAAUUGCUACUGGAAAAAAGUGUACCACCGUAACUGUUAAAAAUUCCAAUAAAAUGAUACAUAAGAAAACAUCUAACAGUAGUACCAAAAAGAAUAAUAAAAAAAGUAAAAAUGGUGAUACUGGACCUUCCAAUAUUGCUAGAGUUAUUUUAAAUAACUUUAACAUAUUUAGUAAUAAACAUAACAUUGAUAAUAAUGAUUCCAUCGCAACUGUUGAAACUUCUGAUAAAACUAAAACAUGGGACAGUGUUUUGGAUGUUGAUUCAAGUAGUACGAAGAGUGGUCGUAGACCUAGUGUUGAUACUGUCUCAACUUAUUUGAGUCAUGAAAAUCCUGUUGAUUUAUUAGACAGUAGUGUAGGAAGCGAUGAUGCAUUUAAAGAAUCUAAUUUUGGUGUAGAUACAACAACGUCAGAUGUAAUAUCUCAAUAUGUAAAAGUAGUUGAGAGUGAUGAUUCUGAUUCAUGUCCAGUAUGUUUAGGCAGUCCUGAACCUCUGACAGUAGAAUUAACUCGUUGCAAACAUAGAUUACAUUUGGCAUGUUUAAAUGCAAUGCUUAGUUGUCAACAAGCACCAAUGUACAUACAAUGUCCAGUGUGUAGAUUAAUAUAUGGAGAAAAGAGGGGUAAUCAACCACCAGGUACUAUGAAUUGGACAAGGAUACCAAGAUCUUUACCAGGCUUUCCAAAUACUAAUACGAUACAAAUAACAUAUGAUAUUCCAUCUGGAAUUCAAGGACCGGAACAUCCAAAUCCUGGACAAGCUUAUUAUGCUGUCGGUUUUCCUAGAGUUUGUUAUUUACCGGAUAAUAAUUUAGGUCGUAGGGUAUUAAGACUGUUACAAAUUGCAUUCGAACGAAGACUGAUAUUCACUAUUGGACGAUCUAUAACUACCGGACGUGAAGAUGUAAUAACGUGGAAUGAAAUUCAUCAUAAGACUGAAUUAGGUCCAUCUAAGUCCGGUCAUGGCUAUCCUGACACAAGUUACCUCGAAAGAACUCUAGCUGAAUUGGCAGCUCAAGGUGUAACAGAUGCAUAAUUUAUUUUAAUGUUACAUCUAUAGAAUAUGAGUUUUAAUGCAAUC